AUGUUGAGAACAAUCACCACAUCUACAAAUGGUGUUUUUUCUGGGAUUACUGGCCCGAUAUUUUUGGUCAUUAACAUAUACUUGAGGAUAUAUCUCUUAUGGGUUCGUGUUAGCACUUGGUAAGUUAUCGUUAAAUGUUCUUGUACAAUAUUCGCUUUCGUUCUAUUGUGAAAUUCAUCCAAUCUUGUUAGCCCUGAUUGAAGUUCUAAGCUCACUUAUGUAUACUAACUCCUCUAUUUGCAAAUUUAAACGAGAGAUUUUGAAGUUAGUUCUAAAUGUUUAUAUAUUUCGAAUUAACCAACUAGUGGAGGAUAUACUUUGAAUUAAAAUUUCGAAUUUGAAAUCAUCGUGCCAUUACUCAAGAGUCCGGUACUACGUCCAAGGGUCGAGAUUUGCAUGCAUAUGUAAGCUUUACAGCACAAACCACGCCUUGUUGCUUUUUCUGCCACAGAUACUCGAACUUAACAUAGAGAACGAGUUAUGUUUAAUAUUUCGAUAGUAAAACCUUCAUAACAAAUGUAGUUUGCUCUUUUGAGGGCAAAGCUUUCAACAGCAGGUAGUCUCCUGUCUGCAAUUUCUGCAGAUUUAUUUGAGAAUUGUUGCUACAAGGAAGUUUAAUGUAUCACUAUUCAGUACAUUAUGGUAAUUUGCUGUAAUUUCUAUUUGAUCUCAGAAUUAUGAAAUUCAAUCUAAUGCAACACCACUUGGAACUGAAUCCUUCAUGUCCAUUUUCAUGUCUCUUUUUCACAGUUUUGAUAUUUUGCAGAAUCUUUUGUAUGUUCUGCAUAUUUGUAUUUAUUUUGCAUGUUGAGACAAGUUUCUGAAGGUUAUUAGUUGACAUUAUUGUACAAGUGAUGCUUUGCAAUUUUGACCAAGCUGCAAUCUGAGCAGUGUCUGAGAGCCCAGGGAACAUACAUGUAUAUUGAUUUUGUAGAAUGUUGUCAACUUGAUUUUCUCAGGUAAGCCCUGUGACUCAGAGAAAUUUCCCAUUAAGAAAACAUUUCUUUCUCUGCAAAAUGUUUCCCACAUGUUGGUGAUAUCUGUUCUGGUGAAUGGUCAAAGUUACAUGUGUGUUCUCAGACUACAAACAGUGACUUACAAGUUUAGUGAGGCCUAGUUUGCAAUGCAUCUCCUAUAGCUCAGGGGUAGAGUGUCCAAAGUGCUUAUCAAAAGGUUCUACGUCUGUUGGGAGCACUCUAAGUUCUUUUUCUCCUAUUAUACCUGUGUCAUUCACUGAAUAACAUCAACCUUCAUUAAAAAAUCUAGUGGCAAACUUUCUCCAUAACUCUUUAAAGAAUCAGUGAGUGCUUGAAGGCUUUCUUAUCAGAAGUGCUGCUAAAAGCUGUAACAAAAAGCAAAGGUUACAUGGAAGAUCCCCAAAGAUAAUAGCUACUCACUUGUGACAGCUGGAUUCUGCUAGGAAACAGACCUGUAGCUUUGCAGUAACCCCCUAAAAUGGCCAAUUUACAUCAUUAAAUCGGUUGAUAUAACCAAAUUAUCUUAACAGACCAGUAGCUCUGGCUCUAACUCUAGCUCUAACUGUCAUGAUGAAAUCGUGUCAGAAGAAAGUAAAUACAAUAUGUUGACAUCAGUGCAUCAUAUGCACCUCUAAUUGGUACUCUUAUAUGGUAACCUUAAUUAUGUUGAGAGUUGAUAUCAUUUCUUUACAAAUGUAUACUGGAAGGCUAAGUUUAUUUUGUUUUACUUCCUGGCAGGUUUCUGAAUCAUAUCUUGUCAUUUAUACUUGUGUGGUGGUUUGGACUUUGUGAUGUGGAAAUUACCAUCAGAGAGUUUGGAUUUUUAUCUGUUCAAGGUGUAAGAGUACUUUGGGAAGAUAACUCAGGACUGGUAUGAGAUAAAUUUUUUCCUAUGUUUCUGUUUAAAGUGAGUUGUGCGUUGAAAUGAUUUUAACCUGGGGAAGUUUUCUUUCUUCAUUCCUUUUAGAUUAGUGCAAUCUUCAUAUUAAGUGAAAUAAAAAUAUGGUUUGAAAUAAUUUUGACCACAAUUCCGAUGUAAGCUACAGCUUUCACUGAUUUAGUGAAGAUACACCUGCAUGCUGCUCUCUCAUUUAGACUUUCUAGUAAAAGCUGUAAUGAUUUUAACCCUGUCACUCCCAUGAAUGACCAAGAUAGAAUUUCUUAUAAUAUCAAGCAGACAAGUGAUGAGAAUAAAGAAAAAUAAAUUUGAUCCAAUACCAAAUUCUCUGAACUGACAUCACAAGAAUUGUAUGGCAGACAGUAGGGAAUAUUACUUUAAAAUGAGAUCUUAAGCAUUAAGGGUUAAUGGUUGAGGUAUUGGUCCAACUGGUCAAGGUUUGGACUUUGGACAGGAUAAUUUUAUUGUUAAAUGAGAGAGCUAAAUGUGUCAUUGCACCUCUGCAUUGAGGAGGAGUAGGCAUCCAUAGCCACUUGUUAAGCCCUGUUCAAACCAAUGAUAGUUGAUUAUAGUUUCAACUUUCAUUUGCUAUCAUUGACUAUCAUGUUUGCUUUCAAAUGGUUCAUGAAAGUUGAUGAUAGUUGACAAAAUCACAUGAUGAGAUCACAUUACUGUGAACAAAUAUGGCAUGUGCUGAAGUCAGCAAUUUAGGUGGCAUUUGAAAAUGAAUUUAAGAAGUUGCAAGCUGAAGAUACUGAAGCCUACCAAGAGAUGAUGGGAUUGAACUACUAGAAAUUCUGUGAACUUAUGACGGCUACUUUAGUCAUUUUACCACUUGCCAUUUCAGUUUGAGCCAGUUGUUGGCCAAACUCCUGAAUGAAAAGCUAUCAUUCACUGUAAUAGUCGAUGAUAGUGAACGAUAGUUGGUGUUUAACCCUUUAACCCCUAAGAGUGACUGACAUCUAAUUUCUCCCUACCAUAUCAGCUCUGAAUCAUGCAUUAAGGUCAUGAGAAUAAAGGAAAUGAUCACCAACUAAAGAAGCUCUUGAUUGUUGAACAAAUUCUCCUUGUCAGCACCUUAAGAAAUGUAUGGAGAGCAGUAUGGGGAAUAUGCAUACUGAUGUUGGGUUGAAAGGGGUUAAAACAUGCGUGAAAGUUGAAACUAUUUUCAUCUAUCAAAAUCGUUUGAACAAGGCUUUAAAGUAACCUUGACACGAAGAAGUUGGCCAAUAAAAGGCUUUGAUAACCAGAGAGGAACUAAAAAAACUAAAAACUACCAAGGAAAGUUUAGAUUAUGUUUGUCCGAGUUGACUUCUGCUAGCUACUGUAAUUGCAAUAACUGCAAGCAAGUGACUAAUGAAUAAAAUAGAGUUUUGGUUCCUGGGCAUAAAUCUGUUUUUAUUAGCAAUUAGCAUUUUCUGACUUAUGCAUUUCAUAAAAUUUCUUUUGUUUUACUCAACAGACAAUUGAAGAUAUAUCAUUAAAGAAAAUUGAAUGGAAUUUUCUGAAAGUUAGGUAGGGUGGAAUUUUAGAAGUAGUUGUAUAAAAAAUUUAUAUAUUUAUUUAAGGAAAAUUUUGCAGUUUUGUGCACUCUUUGACCAGAUUAAAAUUUACCAAAUUUUGGUGCAGUAAAUUUGGCAUUUUUUGUUUCUCGUAGGGAUAUCACAAUUUUGUUUUCUGUAAAGGAUGUCCACAGAGAAAUAUUUACUGAUACAGAGGUUUGUUCAAAUACUAGUUCAUAAAUUUUACUGAUCUUCGUUAAAUACUGCUGUAGGAGUGCCUUUAAUGAAAAUGUUGGGCAGUAUUGUCUUGAAUUUAACGUAAUGUGAAUUGCCUUCCGUGACAUCUUGAUUCUUUUAAAUUUAAUUCAUUUUCUGUUCUUAGGAUACAACAACAGAUGUUUACACUUCCUUUACUCUUCACUGGAAGAUGGUGAGGUUUUAAUGUUUAUAUCAUAUAUUAAUUACAUUAAUGUUUUAUAAUUAUACCUUUUCACUGGUAUUAGAAUAUUGUAAGUAUGUAUUGUACUUAAAUUUUCAUAUAUAAAUUCUGUGUAAUAUUUGGGUUUAAUAAUUUCUUACAGAUGUUUUGCAAAUUUAAUAGCAGAUUUAAAUAUAAACUUCUAAACAACUAGGCCAAACAAUUGCCUUACCUUCAGUUCUUUAAAAACGUUGUAAAAUAACUAAAUGACAGGUGACUGUGGCACCUUUGUAGAUUAUGAUUUUAGAUUUUAGAUUCAGACUGUAGAUUGAAAAUUGUAAAUUAUGGAUUGUGGAUUUUAGAUUUUGGAUCUUAGAUUAGAGUGAUCAAUGUACUGAUGAUAUAAAUGUAAGCUUCUAAAUUACUCAGUUUUAUUUUCAGUGAAAUUAUGUCCCCAAUUGGCUUCUAUCUGUAAAGCUGGAUCCAUUUGGCACUGACCUAAAGUUUUAUUAUUAUUAUUUUUAUUAUGAUUAUGAUGAUGAUGAUUAUUUUUCUGAAUUGAUCUCUGGAGGAUGUUCUUUACUUUAUGGUUAAAGAAAAAAUUUGAGUAGUGUUAAGGAGAUGUAUUAAUUGGAAUGUGUUUGGCUGUGCAAACUUCAUCAAUGUUAAACCUUUUCCGUUUUGAUUGAUAGCAUUCACCCAGUGACCUGAUCAGCAGUGACCUUCGCAAUUCCAGUGAGAUUAUACCACCAUCCUUUACUUUGCUGCAUGCUACUGAUGUACAAAUUGGAAGCAGACUACAUGUGCAUAGGGGAGGCUCCUAUGUUGCAAUGUUUGAGGUAAUCUGUUCUGUUGCACUUGCUGGUGGUGUGGAGGAAUACAUGCAUAUUGCACUUAUCUAUGACAAAGUGAUGAAGAGGAAUUAAGUUUAGCACAGUCACUAUUGGAAAAUAAAGAAUCAUAUAUUAUGGUGUUGACAGAAUGCUGAUAGAUCACAGGUUACUCUGUGGGGUUUUGUCUAGUUUCUCUGAAAAUGUGUUUCUAUACAUACCCAUGGGUGCUAUGAGCCAAUGUUAAAACAAACCAAAUUUUUUUAGAGCAUAGAACAGCAUCUCAGCCAGGGUUCAACUCAGACCUUUUUAUUUAGAGCUGAGCAUGCUCACUUUGCCUCUUAUCCCGAGGGGUUGAGUCUACAACUUCUCAAUAGCUGGACAGUUAGAAAAACAGUUAGCAUUCAAUCUGCUUACAUGGAUUUCUUUUAUCAGGCUGCUGUUGUGGAUGGGUUGUUGGUACCAUCAAAAGAGGCCACAUCAUUAUGUAUUAAAAUGAGAGAAAUAACAUACUGCUGUGGGCCUUAUGAUCCAGGGCUUGUACUGGCCAGAAGAGAAAAGGUAAGAUAAAUUUGCACAAAUUUUGAUCAGUCAUGUGGUUUGACAUACUCCUGAAGGCAAUGAUCUGACCUGACCUGUCUUUUGUCACACCUGUCAAACCAGUCUGACCUGACCAAACCUGUUUUCUGUCCAGAGUUGCCUAUUGUAGUCAAACCUGUCUGUACCUGUCUUGACUUUACCUGAGCUGACCUGUUUCCUCUAUAGAGUUUGAAAUAUACUGCACCUUUCAAACCUGUUUGCCUCGACCUAUCCACUCACACCUAACUUUAACCCUUUACACUGUAACAUCAUCAUGCAUAUUCUCCAUACUGUUCUCUUUACAUUUUCAAGGUUCUAACAAGGAGAAUUUGUAAAAACAUCAAGAUUUUCUUUAGUUACUGAUCAUUUCCUUUAUUCUCGUGACCGAAACAUUUUAUUCAAGGGUGAUAUUGUAAGAAGAAAUUAGAACCUUAUCACUCUUAGGGAUUAAAGGUUAAUUACCAUGUAUCGUUUAAUUAUCAAAUAAGUUACUUUGUUAUGUGCCAAAAUGACUUGAACAUUAGUACCCAGACCUCAAUAUUAUCAAAUGUUACUUUGUUUAGUUUCUGGUCAAAUCAAAUCUCUUUAAAUGUACUGUAUUUUAUUACAUUUCAGAUCCUCAAGAUGCCACUUGUGGAUUUUUUAGGUACAUUUCACAAAUCAGGUCCAUCACAGGUUACAAUGAACUUUCAUGGGUUACAGAUAUUUGUCAGUCCUUGCAGAGUGAAUUCUUUAGUGGUGUAUUUCUACUCCUGGAUUUGUCAGCUUAAAGAAGGUAACAUUGAAACAGCUGUGAAAUUUUUCAAAUGAGUGGGACUUCAUGAUGUACUCCAAGUCUACAUGCAUCUACAUGUACAUACUAAUAAAAAUAAUAAUAUUUAAUAUUUAUAUUGUGCAUUUUCUAUAAAAAAUAAUUAUGAAAACUAAUCAAAUGCGUACAUACCAGUACAUAUAGAUCAUUUUCAUUGUAAAACAAUAUUAAACAUACUGCUAGGUAACAAAUCAGAAAAAAAAAAAUAUGUUUAUGAUAUUGGGCCAUGUAAGACCAAAUUGAUUUCAUUUUAAACUUUUUUGUAGGCUCUUAACGGUAGCGAUUUGUUAUGCACAUGAAACCUUGCGGGAAGGCGAAUUGCUCAUUGAAAAACGAUGCAGGGAAUCUAUUUAAGUUAAUCUGUUUUUGAUGUCGAUACAUUGUGAAAAUUUGAUCUCAAGCAACAUACUUUUGUACAGUAUGAUUAUCAAGAGGAAAAGGAAGUUACUGAUUGGAGAAUACUGAAUCAAUCUAACAACAACUUGUAGAAACUUACGCACUUCUUUGAUGUGGCGAAUGAAAGAGUUAACCCUUCACAACCCAACAUCAGUAUGCAUAUUUUCCAUACUGCUCUUUAUACAUUUCCUAAGAUGCUGACAAGGAGAAUUUGUUUAAAAAUCAAGAGCCUCUUUGGUUGGUGAUCAUUUCCUUUAUUCUCGAGACCUAAAUGUUUGAUUCAGGGGUGAUUUUGUAAGGAGAAAUUAGAUGCUAGUCACUCUUAGGAGUCAAAGAGUUAACGAACAGCUGUACCGCCGUGACAAGCCGCUUCCGUUUUAAUACCAUCUGAAAAGCUGUAUCACAGGCCUCUUUUAUUUUGCAUCGCGACAUGAUAUGGCAUCAACCUGCGAGCUUAUGAUGAACCCUUUAACUCCUAGAAGUGAUUCACGCGUAACUUCUCCUUACAAUAUCUAUCCACUGUCCAACAAACAGGUAAUGAGAAUACUCAAAUGUAUCAGGUACAAGUUGUUAUCUUGAUCUAGCACUAAAUUCUUGCAACUGAUUUACAAGGGAAUGUGUAGCAGCUGGAAGGGAGAAUUAACAAAGAGAUCCUGGGGGUUAAAGGGUUAACACACUUUUUCCUUUGUAUUUCGUUUCAGCUUUGUCAUCUGAAUCAAAGGGUCGCGAUGAAACAGACAUUAAUCCUGACAAGUUAUUAGAGGUGAGCUGUCCUUCUCAUAGUUUGUAUUUUCGCCCUCGGUAAAGCAACGCGAGUCAGCGAGAGGUCAGUCAGGGGUCUAGCACUGAUUCAUUUUUAGUGACCUCUACCCAACUUGUCGCAAUCUCCUCGCAGACUGAGAAAUAAGCGUCCUACCGCACUAAUAUUGAGGGCCUGCUAGCCUAGAAAGGAUAAAACAGAAUUCUAUGACGUUAAUGCAAUUUCUUCUUCUUUCCUACCCUAGGUCAAUGUCAAGUCGGAUGAUUCGAAAGUUUCAGUUUGCUUUCAAGAUGGAGAUGAAGCAGUCAACAUCAUGGCGUCGUUCAAUCUCUCGCUCCUUAAGAGAACCAAGAAAGUAAGAUUCAAGAUCCACGCAAUAUUCUCUGAUUUCCUUUCAUUCAUAUUACUUCUUGGUGGCAGUUGCCAAUAUUUUUUUAUAGCAUUGACCACAAAACAUAUUCCUGACAUCCAUCUUCUGUUGGAUGUGGGAUUGGAAGCAUGCGCAGAUAUUACACUAAUAAUGUGGGUGGGGAAAACAUUAUAGGUUCUUUUAAUUAAGGUUUCAUUUUUUCUUUUUGAAAAAAGGUGAAUUUUUUCCCGCGUACGGCAUGCACUAACCACGAAUAAUAAUAAUAAUAAUAAUAACAACAACAACAACAACAACAAUAAGUAGAGUAUAAUUAGUAGAGAAACAUUUUCGUGGAUUAUAGUUCAAGAGAUAUUGAGACAUUAUGAUUUUUUCUUCUUUCUAACAGAUGUUAAGGUACAAAUUUAAUUCUUUUUAAGUGAAGCACUGUACAUAGGUCUUUUUUAUGAGUAUUGAAUAAAUCUAUCAUUCUUAAAUUAAUAAUAAUAAUAAUAAUAAUAAUAAUAAUAAUAACAACAACAACAAUGGUUAUUAUUAUUUAGAGCAAUAUUCCAUAGCCAUCUCCUGGGUAAGAGCUCAAGUGUCGUUUGCGCUUUUGCGAUCUGCUCUUGUCUGUUUAAGAGGCUCCAGGAGCAUUGGGAAAGUUCAGCGUGACAUGAAGAACAAUGACAUUGAUGUUGGCGUUAUUAUCGCCUAGUUUUACGUUUCUCAAAACCAGUCUUGAAUUCUUUAUUGCUAUAUUUUAGCCUAGAUAAAUCUUACCUAUUUCAAUCAAAGUCGACAGAUUUUUAAAUACAUUUUAUGUUUUUUUUCCUUCGCAAACAUAUUAGUAAUGUAUUUAUGUUUAGAAUUUUAUUGUUAUCGACAUGUGUUAAAAGUAUAGAAUUAUAGAUUCCAUUGUAAAUAGAUUUUAGCACUUGAAAUAAAGAUAUUUCUCAUCCAUAAAAUUAAAAAAAAUAUAUAUAUAUAUAUUAUUAUUAUUAUUAUUAUUAUUAUUAUUAUUAUUAUUAUUAUUAUUAUCAUUACUGUGUUAAUUAUUGGAGCACUUUUCGAUUAUGUGUCGCAAAACCAACCAAAGCAAUCAUAACAGCCACUCAUGACGAGGCCAAACCGCGUAACAAAAUAAAACAUUCAAAGCAUUCCCGGAUUACAUUCGAAACUUAAUUGAAAUUUUUUUUCUCUCAGUAUUGCUAUUAUCACUCCAUAACUGUAUUGAACUUAGUAAUUAUUACGACAUGAUAAAUUGCAUCUUAAAGUACUUGCUUUAUUUCUUUCCAGACUCAGUAUAGAGCUUCCGUGGGAAUACAAGCUUAUGUCCCCAGCUCAGAGGGGAAAAAAGAUCCCUAUGCCGUUAUUGGAAAUGAAUGGAUCUCAAAGCCUUGGGAAUGUUCUUUUAUUGUGAGUAAUUUGAGAGUAAUUUUAAAUUGAGUGUCGAAAGGAAUCCAAGGUUUCAUUGGAUUUACUUUACUUCGCUCUGUGAUUGGUCCAAAAACCUCGCGCCACUCUCUUUACCAAUCAGAGGAAGAAAUUAAAACAACCCGCGCUUUCGGCAGUUUGGUUGCUUUUACUGCGAGUUCUCCUUGAAAAUUCUCGUAUUUUUACCGUUUUAACUCCAUCUCAUAAGGACCUUGGUCUACUAUCGGUAAUCUUUCACCCGUUUUCUAGUUGACUGUAGAACAAGUAAAAAAGUGAUUUUUUUUCUACGCAAUAGGGGAGUGAUUCCGCAGGCCAUUCCAAAGUGGCAAGAAUAACAUCAGAUCAGAACUUUUCUGUAGUUCUCAGACCUGACUCCGUUCCAGUAUUACAGAAACUUCAAGAGGUAAGAGUGACGGUUUCUUAGCUGUGGGGAAAACUGUCUUGUAAGGGACAUGGAGGCUUCACAGAAAUAGACUGAAGGGAUGAAUGAAAGGUGUAUCACAAAUGUUAUGCGAUUCCAUGCCACUUUUGAAAAUAACAGAAACUAAAAGAAAGAAAAAUAAAGCAAAUGAUGUUGUCACUAUUCCCUUGAGCAGUCGACCACAUCGCCCGACGAAGACUAGCAGUAAGUGGUCGAACGUCGCGAUGUACAUCUCAAGUGACUUCUUCGUGAGACAAACAAGUAUACGGUUUAUUAUUGUGGCAUCAUUGUUCAUUGCUGUUAGGGGAUACGUAAGAGAAGAAAUGUUACCAGUGUCAUGUGUGAUAGAUCGCUUGGUUAGCAUGGGUUGUAGAGCGCCGGACUGCUGUGCGGAAGGUCGUGUUGUUGUUGUUUCUUUUUUGGUGUCGAUUUUACCCAAUUUCUUUACACCUUUUUUUUGUUUUUGCUGGUAGGAGUAUGUCAGCCUGUUGGAUCUGAGUCGAAUGCGCGAUUUGUUCGGUUUGUUAAAGAAGGAGGCAGAAGAACAAUCCUCACCAAGUCAGGUAUCAUAACGGGUUCACUGCCACUAAAUUAAUAAUAGCCUGCGGGCAAGCCAUUGGUAGGGACUUUAAGGAAACCACCACGGCGACGGCAACGAGAACAUCGCAAAACAGAAGAUUUAAUUAGCAGAACAUCGCAAAACAUGAAGAAGAAACUUUUAUUUCUUAGCAGUCCCGUGAAAGUAGCAAAGAAACUGAAUGAACGUACAUGAUGCCGAUUUGAACGUUUCGGAAACAUUGAACGCCUCGAGCUUCUGGCGAAAGUCGCAAAGGAAAAUAAAUUACGAUAUUUUCAGCAAUGUUUUGCCACACGUCGACGUAGUGACAUCUUAAACUCCCUUAUAUCGGUUCUUCUGCACGAGCCUUCCAGACAGCAACGCUGUUAAGACUUUACCCUAAGGAAACUUUUGUAGCCAGGACGGCAAAACCGAGAAAGAUGUCGAUUAGAAAUUGAAUUUAUAUUUUUAGUUAGAAUUUCCUUUCGCUAAUAGCUGGAUUUUUUUUCUCCAGCAUAGGUUGUGGGAGCAGCCUUGAGUUUCUAAAAAAACUUAGAAAGUUUCCCCUGAGGGUUUCUGUCAUCAGACCACGUAAAUGUUGGGUCAUUUCACUUUGGUCUUUUUGCAGAGGACAUCCAAGAAAUAUACAAAGUUUUAAAACGCACGUGCUGAGCUGUUGUUCUGCUCGUUAGAUAUUUUGUUUCGCCUCGCCCUCGUUGCCGUCGCCGUCGUGUUUUUGCUUAAGGUCCCCAAUGUUCUUUUUCACUCCUUGAUAAUAUUGUUGACAAGUACAUUGUUUCCUAAUUUCCAGGUUUUCAUAAGUCUCAGAGGAUUGAUAGUUUCUUUGGAAAGAGACGUCUACGAUGAACUUCUGAUUGUCAGUGUCGAUGACAUACGGGUAAACACUUUUGUUCUUACUGUUUACUGAAAAUAGUAGCUUUAUUUUGUGAGUUUCUUUAUUUGCUUUUGGUUUUACCUGGCGAAAAACAAACUCUGAUUGUAUACUGUCUUACAAAGAAAGCAGUUUCCUUGAAAUGACAGGUCUGCUUUAGUUUUAAUCAAACUAGAGAAAUUUGGAAAAAACUUCGUGAAGUAACUCAAAGCUGAGGUCGAGGAGUCCUCAUUUCUGUGAUUGAUGUUCCACCGAAAUGUUUUGGAUUCAGAGAACUGUUAAGAAAAUUUCACAUUUAAAAGUUGUAUGUCCUUCAAAAUGCAUGUGUUUGGACUUGACUCCGCUCUUUUUUAUGUAAACGUAAUGCAUGAUUCUGAGAUUAAAAAAACAACAACAUCGAAAUCAUGUUUGUUUUAAUUAAUAACUCAUGUGUGCGGACAUUUUUUAGGACUCGUUUGUUUUGUCUGAGGGCAUAACGAAAUCUUUACUUUUGUCUUUGUUUACCUCCUGUAGGUUGAUUUUAACCGAGAUCAGCACCAUGUAACCGUGGAACUGAGUGUGAAAGACCUUGAGGUAAGUCUGUUAACCCUUUAAGUGACCAGCAUCUAAUUUCUUCUCACAAUAUCACCCCUGAAUCAAACAUUUAGGUCACGAGAAUAAAAGAAAUGAUCAAAAACUAAUGAAGCUCUUGAUUGUUAAACAACUUCUCGUUGUCAGCGCCUUAGGAAAUGUGUAGAGAACAGUACGGAGAAUAUGCAUACUGAUGUAGGGUGUAGACGUUUUUAAGACCUUGUCAUAGUGCUUAUUGUAAGGUUCUCUCUGAGUGCACCAGAGUUAACGAAUAAGAUCCAGAAGAUUGCUUUUAUACCUCAGCCAUUUUCAAAUAGUUGAACCAUAACAGCAAUUUUUCGCCUUAGAUAAUACCCUAGUAAUCAUUUAAACCCUCAGUGUGACGAGGAUCUAAUUUCCCCUUAGAGUAAUACUGCAGAAUCAUUCACUUGGGUUAUGAGAAUAAAGGAAAUGAUCGCCAAUCUAAGAAGCUCUUGAUUGUGAUACGAAUUCUCCUACUCAGUACCAUAGGGAAUGUAUCGAGUGGAGUUUGGAGAAUACGGAUUCUGAUGUUAGGAUGAAGGGUUAAGCGAAUGUGUUGGGUUAUUCGUGUUUUUUCCACGUUUUUGAUUAUAUACAUGAUUUUUUUCUUCGCCUUCAUCUUUUCUCUGAAAAAGAUAUCCUUGUCUCCCUGAGUUCUGAUCUGCUUUUGUUACUUCUUUUGUCUUAGUGUUUGUAUACCGAUUCCUCUAGCUUUCUCAUGUCUAAAAUUAUAAUCUUUCUCAUUGACCCAUAAUUGUUACUUUCAACAGGUAGAGGAUUGCGCGGAUAAAAUCAUUGCUUUUCAACAAGAGCGGUCCAACGGUAUGAGUUCCCAGUCUCUUCUGCGGUUUUCAUUCCUGCAGGAUGCGAAGAAUGAAGCGGGGAGAGUAGUUGUAAAGGUACGUCUCAACUGGAUGUCUACAUGACCCGCUGUGUGGUGAAGAAGUGAAUCUCUUUGACAGAUCAAUACUUUGUGUCGUAGAUUUUUGUGAAACUACAGUUUGAAAUCAAUUUGAUUAUCUAGACAGCUGAAAUUUGGAUGUCUCUUGUUAUUUCUUGGGCGAUUGGCGCUCAAUCGAGGAGGACGCCAGUUAUUCUUCUGAGCUGAUACCGCUGAAGUUGAAGCGUAAAAAGUUAUGAAUAGAGUGGCUUUAAAAGAAAAUUUUUGUUGUAUCCUUACUAUUUAGGAAAAUGAAGGGCUGCAUUUUCGAGAAGGACGCCCGUUUUGCAUUAUUACACUAAAGUUUAAGCUCAAAAACUCACAAAUAAGGUGGCAAUGAAAGAAGGUUUUCCUUGUAUCCCUACUAUUCAGGAAAGUGAGGGAGGAGGGGCUUCUUUUUCGAAAAGGGCGCUUGUGUUACAUUAUGACUUAGGAGGUAGGCGUUUCUACGGGGGAUGGUGCCCAUAGUAGCGUGGGCGCUUAUUCGAGGAAAUACGGUAUUUUCACGUUUUGUCCUUGCAACAGAAACUUCGCUUGGAACUAGGCGAAUCGACAGUCACAUUCCAAGAGAAACUCAUUCUGAAACUUCUGAAAUUUGCGGGCAUCAAAACCAAGACCCAGUUGUGGGGCGAAGACACAAAAGCACAACAAGAAAACUCGAGCGAAAGUCCGUCCACUGCUGUCACGGCAAAGCCGUUUUAUUUCGAAAAGCUACAUGUGGAACCGUUUCGAGUUGUGGUGACUUGUAAUCCCGCCGUCGAGCUUUCAGAUGAUCUUCAGAGUUUGAAAACAAAGCUGGAUAUUCCUGCCGGUUUUCCACCAUUGAUGGAGAAUGCCAGCAUGCAAUUUGGUAAGUAAGAUUUCAUUUCUUAUCUUAAAUAAGAACAAUAAUUACUCUGACAUAGAUCUUUAAUCCUUAUUGUCCUAACAUCAGUAUGCAUUUUCUCAGUACUGUUCUCUAUACAUUUCCUUGGGUGCUAGAAAGGAGAAUUUGUUUAACAAUCAAGAGCUGCUUUAGUUGGUGAUCAUUUCCUCUUUUCUCGCGAUCUUAAUGUGUGAUUGAGGGGUGAUAUUGAAAGGAGAAACUCGAUGUUGAUCACCUACAAGAGUGAAAGGGAUAAGGAAUGAAAAAAAUCAUAGUGGAUUUCUUUUGUUCUCUGUCAUAUGUAAUGUACUUUUAGCGGGGAAAAUUAAAAAUUUGAAUCUUCGCCCGGCCUUGGGAUAUCUCACCUGUUGUUAAGAUUUGAAUGUAAUGUUCCAUCAUUUGAAAUCACCUGGACUGCUAAUUAACGAUCUUAUUCGCGCUGUGUUUUUUUAUGAAUGCGGGAAUUUUUCAUGCACCGUGGAGUUUUAAUCUUAGAGUUAUGUCGGAGGAAUCUAAGGAGACAUAUCUAAAUAUCUAACUGAGCUAAGAUGUGCCUUUUUGUAGUUAUCGUUAUUGAAGAAGCCACAUCCCAUGUAAAUGUAAAUUUUUGAGGAUGGAUUGAGAUUUGAAUAGUUCUUUUAGCGGUUUCCAUUCAACGAUCCAAUCCAGUCAACUCUUUCGUUUCUUUUCUUUUUUUUUUUUAGGAGAAUUUUUACGAACGGGUAUUACUUACAAGACAGCGGUUGCCCUUGGUCGAGACUUCAGGAGACAUUAUUUGAAGGUGAGCUAAUUUUCCGAUAAUCCUAUGAACGGUGCAAUAUUCAAGCAGAACACUUAAGGCAAGUUUAACAACACUGAUUGCGACUUACCUGAGAUCAGUAGUCAACGCAUAAGGUGCCAUCCGCCAAGAGCAUCGAAGUAGUAAGAAAAAACAAACAAACAAGGAGAAAUAAGGGACUGUCUGGCAGUGGGCAGCAAUCCCCAGGUGUCCAAUUUUAUUGAAUUUUUCCUUUUAUUCUUUCAUUAUUUCAGCAAUAAUGAUUUUUAAAAAAACAUUAAUUGAGGUUAACAAUGAAGAAAUCGAUUAGAGAAGGACUACUUGACUUGCAGGAGGUGGGAUGUUCAAAGCAAAUCAUGUUUUAAUCUCGUUAAAGACCGUAACAUCUUACAGUGUCCUGCCUUUCUUUACCCGAAUUGAGAGUGGAUAGUUACAAACUUUCAAGGAAAGUGGGCGAAAUGUUGAUGGUGGGGAGGGGCGGAUUGGGGGGAGUGCGGGGUCUAAAGAUUAGCAUCGGGGAUAGUAUUGGUCCAGUCCGCAAGCGACGUGCUUUAGAAUGAUGCUGCUAAUGAAAGGUAACCAGCUCUGCCAUUUCUUUACAGGAGAUUGGUCGUCAAUCCACCUCUCUUCUUGGCUCGCUCCAUCUCCUUGGUAACCUCUCCAGCUUGCAAGGCGAUAUUUCCGAUGGACUGGCCGACCUGAGGGAGACUGGUGACUACUUUGGCUUCGUCAGACACGUGAGAGGUGGACUGGCUGAAUCCUACUACAAGGUGCAUGUUAUAACUGUACAACAGUGUUCAAGUACAACGUGUUGUACUUGAUAGUUUCGUAAAUCCUUUUAAGGCAGUUUUCAUUGUGAAUGUCGAAAAGUGUUCAAGGUUGCUUCGGUUUGGCUUUACUCUGCUCCAUGAUUGGUUCAGAAAAUACGCGCCACUCUCUAACCAAUCAGAUGCAAAACAAAAACCAGUAAAUUGUUUGGAAACCUAUGCAAAAUGUCUGAUUACGACCUUUGAAAUAUUGUCAUGUCUUUACUGAAUCACACGAUUCCAUACGUUUGCCAUGUUGUGGCGCAUUCGUUUUAGUUUUUUCGUCUAAGUUUUCUUAAAAAAAAAAGUGGUAAACGGUAGCAAAAGCUCCCUUUAAGUCACAAAUACACAGCUUAUUUCGAUAGUGUUGGUUUAGAAUUGCAUUUUACUGGUAUAGAGGGUUGUUUGAGAUUUCUCCACCAAUCACAGAGUGAAGUGAAACAGAAUCAAAGCAACUCUGGAAUUGAAAUUUGCAGUCGCAUAACCCGUAAACACUUGCGCAAAAUUACGAAAUAUCACGCCACCCUGCCAUCAAAUAUGUCACUCUCGUUUCCGUUGUCUCAUUAUCAUUCACGUUUGUUCUGCAGUUCGCGGAUUCAUGGGGUGCGUGCAUCUCUCAGUCACAAUCGAACAGUCCCACUUUAAGUAGCUCCUCAUCUGGGAGCCGCUCCAGCUCAUCGAUGAAAUCUAUAGGUGGUGUUGUUGGGACGUUAACGAGCUUCCUCUACAGUCCUUCAAAAGAUACGGGUCAAGGAAAAUCGCAGGUAGCUUGUUAAUUAUUUAUGAUGUGCUCUUGAUCUGACGACCACCUCAUUUUGGUGUUUGGUCAAAAGCGGUAGCAGGUUAAGAGCCUGGUUCACAGAAUGACGUGACGUUUUUGACGUGGCGUGACGUCGUGGAUUACUUGAGAUCAGGACCCAAUUCCUGUAACUGAAAACUAGUUUUGCGUUACAUAAUGGGGCAACAAAGAAGUUUUCAAACGUCAUUCUUUUCUUCACGCAUUUGCUCUAGGUCUCCAAUUCUUCGACAGCCUCGUCUGCAGAUACUCAACAGAGAGUACCGGGAGCGAGAAGACUGAUACCGAUUGAAUAUAACGAGGACCAUGAUUCUUCAGAAAGUGAGGAGAGCAGCUUGUCCUGCAUUCCGUCAGUGGAAGGGUGGGACAUGGUGCCGAAAGAUGCCCAAAGAAAACUAAAAGGGCAAGAGUUCUUAGAGAGGCUGACAGUUAGCUUGUUUGGUGAAGUUGAUAAGAAAGAAAAGUAAGACGAGAAUUAAUCGUAGGAUAUAAAAAAUAAACAGAAAAUAUGUAAAAGUACACAACUGACAACUUUUGUUUCGACCAAUCACUUCCAGGUUGAACAUUUUUGUUUUGUUUGUUGUUUAUUUGUCUUUUUUUGUUGUUUUGAGGGUGCUUGUGUAACCUCGCAACCCAAGUUGCAAAAUGAGAAGGGAUUACUCUCAUGGUGCGGUUUCCUCAAAUGAAAACUUUCAAUUUACCUAGCCAUACCUUUGCGCCAACAGAGUCUUUUAAGAUUCUUUGACCUUUGUCGGUUCACAGCUUUUCUCUCUCUCCAACAGAUUUAUCAGCUGCUUGAGGCUUCGUUACAAGGAUCCGAAAGACAAACUGAAUGCCUUGGUAACGAGUCAGCGUGUGUACAUCAUGAAGGUUGGUUUACCAUCAGCUGAUCACGUGUUGCUUGCAUUUCAACUUGUCAACUUGUACAAAGCCAGGCACAGAGAUCAAGGUAUGUGAUCAACCUAUAGGUGAAUGAAUAACCGAUAAAUCUGAUUAGGAAUGGAGAUCCACGAAAUGGAUCUUCUGAUGUGGAGGGUUUUCUUAAGUUCAUAGCGACAUUGUUUGUGAAGUUCACUCACAGUUGCGAUGGUUUUUCUUUCAGACGAAGAACAUUAUCUGGAAUUGUUGAUGCGAAUAUCGGGUGGGAAACGCCUGUCUCUCCCCUCCCCUAAUCCUGCCGACAACCCCCUGGUAAGAUGUGGCACCGUUAAGAUUGCACAGAAUGCAGCGAACGUCAUAAACGAGGCCAAGAGAUCAAGCGAGGAGGCUGAGUCGAGAUAGCAAGUCGACGUCGGUUGUUCAUAUGUAGGCAGCUUGAUUUCGGCUUUUAUCCGUUGUACGCCCAGAAGGGUAUUUAUUGAUUGGGUAGUUAGCUGAUGUAGGAAUCGCCUAAUUUUCGCUCGUUGACAGACUGAAGCUGUCAAGAUUACUCGGUAUAUCUCAUUUUCUUUGGCAAGUAUCAUCUGCUUUAGCAUCAAAUUAAGUCAACUAUUAUUCAUUUUUUUGGGUUCAAGGAUAACUUUAAGGGGAGGGCAUAGAAUCUGUAGAAUAAUAUAUUUAUUUUUAAUGAAGGGUCAUUGGCAGCAUGGGUUUUGGUUAUCGACGGAGCUUUGUUGCAUUUCUUUUAUCUUUUUUUUGAGGAAAACUAGACACAUGCAGACUGUAAAUAGGGCGCGCAUGAUCACAGUAAUAAUGAUGAUAUUUACAACAAGAAUUAUGAUAAUAAUGAUAAUUAUCGAUGACGACCGUUAUGAUGAGACGACGGCGACGACAUUAUGAUACGAAGACGACGACACGGCGAUGAUGAUGAUGAUGAUGAUGAUGAUUAGGAUGAAAAUGAUAACAAUAAUAAUAUUACAUUCUAAAGAUAGAUAUUCUAAUAUAAGUUUACAGUAAACAGCAGAUAACAUGGUUUCAUAAAACAAUUGAAGAUUUCUAAUGAAUUUGGGGACAGACGGAUUUUUUUUCCAUUGUACUGUGACAUGUCUUGCAAAAUGUCAAGUCAGGUGUAUCGCAGUUCCUCUAGGAGAUGAAAUAAGCAAUACAAUUUUCUUUCCAAAGAUUUUAUAUAUCAAGAAUUAUUUUUGUGUGCAGAGUAUAUUUAAACAAAAUAGGUAUUCCAAAUGUAAGAUAAAUUAAUGAAAUUGAAUAUUAUACUAUUCGCUUGAGCGAUUUCAAUAUAAAAAGCGACCAGCUUAAUAUUGAUCUCAAUACUUCGAUAUUUAGAAAUAUGUAAGAAAUCGGUGAUGGAAAAAUCUCUUAAAAACAUGAGUCAUGAACGACAUGACAGAUCGGUUCAAUGGUUGUGGGGAAAAAUCGAUUACUAUGGUAUUAUGAGUUAAGAGGAGAAUUGAUCUUAACGGAGAAGGUUGUGUAAUUUUCAGGAUUGAUCUGUUAUUAUUGUCCAUGGUUGAUACUUCCGCCCACGAAGUUGCUUCAUUUGGCAAAUUACACUCUGGUUUACGGGAGUGACUUAACGUCAGGACGGAAAUCAUGGUAGUCAUUGUAAAGAAGUGUAAGUAAUGAAUGGUCCAGUAGUUCUUUGUGGGGGUUCCAAUAAAUUUGAC